GCUCUGGGGCAGAGCAGUAGUGACAGUUGUCAGCAGUAAAAGACAACGUUAUAGGAAUGUAAAAACUGUGAAACUAAGCCCAAAAGGUGGGGAGGGAUGUCCCCAGUGGAAGAUCCCUUGUACACUCUGAUGGCAACCCAACUGAGAUGGUAGGGACAAGAUGGCAAGAAGAAGGCACAUAAAUGCUUUGUAGCAUUUCUGCCAUGCUUGUUCCAGGAUGUGGCCUGUGGGUCCAUGGAGUUCAUUUCCUCUCUCCCACCUGAAGAGAACAAUGGCUGCUGUUGGUGUGUCACAGUGGGCUGGCGUCUGGUCUUUUCCUUAGUUACUGUGUCAUAUCCUGUGUUACACUGGCCCCAGGAGGCUGGACAGAAGCCAGCCCUUUCAACAUAUAGGACGUGUCUCUCUACCAGAGGGUGCUGGGGCGAGGACCUUCCUCUAAGCGAGGCUGCUGGUCCACUGUCAAGAAUUUUGUGUGCCAUUUGGAAAAUGAAGAAAAGCAACAGUAUUAUUCAUUAAUCAGGACCUUCAUCCCCUCCAGAUUGCUGGUGCCAGGCUGGCCCCAUACUCACUCUGUGGACCAGGAUGCCCUUGAACUCCAUCCCUGUAGUGGUCCUGGGAUCCCAGAGCAGAGGGGCAGCCUGGGUCCCCCCGCUGCCCCACAAAGGAUGCAGUUCUUUGGACGCCUCGUCAACACCCUCAGUAGUGUCACCAACUUGUUCUCGAACCCAUUCCGAGUGAAGGAGGUGUCCUUGGUUGAUUAUACCUCAAGUGAACGUGUUCGAGAGGAAGGGCAGCUGAUUCUGUUGCAGAAUGUUUCUAAUCGCACCUGGGAUUGUGUCCUGGUCAGCCCUAGGAAUCCACAGAAUGGCUUCCGACUCUUCCAGCUGGAGUCAGAGCCAGAUGCCCUGGUGAACUUCCAGCAGUAUUCCUCCCAGCUGCCGCCCUUCUACGAGAGCUCUGUGCAGGUCCUGCAUGUGGAGGUGCUGCAGCACCUGACUGACCUCAUCCGGAACCACCCCAGCUGGACCGUGACGCACCUGGCCGUGGAGCUUGGCAUCCGGGAGUGCUUCCAUCACAGCCGCAUCAUCAGCUGCGCCAACAGCACAGAGAAUGAGGAGGGCUGCACCCCACUACAUCUGGCCUGCCGCAAGGGUGACAGUGAGAUCCUGGUGGAGCUGGUACAGUACUGUCACGCCCAGAUGGAUGUCACUGACAACAAAGGAGAGACUGCCUUCCAUUAUGCCGUGCAGGGGGACAAUCCCCAGGUGCUGCAGCUCCUAGGGAAGAACGCCUCAGCCGGCCUGAACCAGGUCAACAACCAAGGGCUGACUCCACUGCACCUGGCCUGCCAGAUGGGAAAGCAGGAGAUGGUGCGUGUACUGCUGCUCUGCAAUGCCCGCUGCAACAUCAUGGGUCCUGGAGGCUUCCCCAUCCACACAGCCAUGAAGUUUUCCCAGAAGGGGUGUGCUGAAAUGAUUAUCAGCAUGGACAGCACCCAGAUCCACAGCAAGGAUCCCCGCUAUGGAGCCAGCCCACUCCACUGGGCCAAGAACGCAGAGAUGGCCCGAAUGCUGCUGAAGCGGGGCUGUGACGUGGACAGCACAAGCGCCUCAGGGAACACAGCCCUGCAUGUGGCAGUGAUGCGCAACCGCUUUGACUGUGUCAUGGUGCUGCUGACCUACGGGGCCAAUGCAGGUGCCCGCGGAGAGCACGGGAACACGCCACUGCACCUGGCCAUGUCGAAAGAUAACAUGGAGAUGGUCAAAGCCCUCAUUGUAUUUGGGGCAGAAGUGGACACCCCAAAUGACUUUGGGGAGACUCCUGCAUUGAUAGCCUCCAAGAUCAGCAAGCUGAUUACCAGGAAGGCGCUCUUGACUCUGCUGAAAACAGUGGGGGCCGACUACCACUUCCCACUCAUCCAAGGGGUCUCUACGGAGCAGAGCGCUGCUGCUGCUGCUGCUGCUGCUGCACCUCACCCCUACUUCUCUCUGGACAGAACUCAGCCCCCAUCGAUCAGCUUAAGCAACCUAGAGCUUCAGGACCUCAUGCCCAUCUCUCGAGCCCGGAAGCCAGCAUUCAUCCUGAGCUCCAUGAGGGAUGAGAAGCGAAGCCAUGACCACCUGCUCUGCCUGGAUGGAGGGGGCGUGAAAGGCCUGGUUAUCAUCCAGCUCCUCAUUGCCAUCGAGAAGGCCUCGGGAGUGGCCACCAAGGACCUCUUCGACUGGGUGGCAGGAACCAGCACAGGGGGCAUCCUGGCCCUGGCCAUUCUGCACAGUAAGUCCAUGGCCUAUAUGCGUGGCGUGUACUUCCGUAUGAAGGACGAGGUGUUUCGGGGUUCACGGCCCUAUGAGUCUGGGCCCCUGGAGGAGUUCCUGAAGCGGGAGUUUGGGGAGCACACCAAGAUGACAGAUGUCAAAAAGCCCAAGGUGAUGCUGACAGGGACACUGUCUGACCGGCAGCCAGCAGAGCUCCAUCUAUUCCGGAAUUAUGAUGCUCCCGAAGCCGUUCGGGAACCCCGCUUCAACCAAAACAUUAACCUGAAGCCACCAACUCAGCCUGCAGACCAGCUGGUGUGGAGGGCAGCCCGGAGCAGUGGGGCAGCCCCAACCUAUUUCCGGCCCAAUGGACGCUUCCUGGAUGGUGGGCUGCUGGCCAACAACCCCACACUGGAUGCCAUGACUGAAAUCCAUGAGUACAAUCAGGACAUGAUCCGCAAGGGCCAGGGAGGCAAGGUGAAGAAACUCUCCAUAGUCGUUUCUCUGGGGACAGGAAAGUCCCCUCAAGUGCCCGUAACCUGUGUAGAUGUCUUUCGUCCCAGCAACCCUUGGGAACUGGCCAAGACUGUUUUUGGAGCCAAGGAACUGGGCAAGAUGGUUGUGGACUGUUGCACAGAUCCAGAUGGGCGGGCUGUGGAUCGUGCCCGGGCCUGGUGCGAGAUGGUCGGCAUCCAGUACUUCAGACUGAACCCCCAGCUAGGGUCAGACAUCAUGCUGGACGAGGUCAGUGAUGCAGUGCUGGUCAAUGCCCUCUGGGAGACCGAGGUCUACAUCUACGAGCACCGGGAGGAGUUCCAGAAGCUUGUCCAGCUACUGCUGUCUCCCUGAGCUCCCGGGUCCUGCUGGCAGGAGUGGGCCGGGCCACCCAGCACACAGAGGGCCAAGCUGGGCCUGGCAGCCCCAUGUCCAUCUAAGACUAGGACUCGGAGCACAAACUGGUUCCCUACAAGGCACCUCUCCUGGUCCAUCUGCACUUUACUACUCUAGGCUGAAAGCCCAGAGUCCCUCAGCCCCUUUCCCUGACUAUGAAGGACAACUGAUUCCAUCAACUACCCCACAUAGCAGAGAUCAACACUAAGGUGCCAGUGGUCCCAGGGGGUCCUUCCGGGCUCCCUGGCCACUGCUGCCCACCCAUUCUUCCCACUUCCUGAUGUCAGGGACUAGAGAAAUGGGGUUCCACCCCAUCCUCAGGUGAAAUCCAGGCUAAUGACAUCCAGCACCAUUCGACUUUGCCCCUCGCACCUGCCAGCCUCUCCACCCUGCCGCCACCCCACUAGGAGCCCUCCUAGCUCCCAAAGGUCACCCCUGUGUGUAUGCUCUUCUCUGGAAGGAGAGUGGGGAGGGGCCCAAAGCCAACUCAACUGUGAAAUAAACGGGUUUACACUCAA